AUGAGACUGAGGCUCAGUGACAGUCAGCUGGUGGACGAGCCUCACGCUGGGGCAGUGUGGGAAGUGAGAAACCUUAAGGCCAUCGGGACAGCACAGCAUACCGCCGUGGUCACUUGCAAGUGUAAUGCAACACUACCAGAUCUGCACCAAAUUGUCUCGAGUGAUCUUCCUCCUCAGAAAGCUACGUCAUGUGCUCAUCGAAGAACCGUGUUCUCGCUCGGUGCAGUGACAGGCAAUCCUGAUGGAAUGACUAUAGACGCUGACGGCAACCUUUGGAUUGCUUGUUGGGGAGGAUCCCAGAUUAUCCGCGUGGACCCGAAGACAGGGGCAUUAUUAAGGAUGAUCAAGAUACCAGUAACACGAGUGACGUCUGUGACAUGGGGCGGGCCGAUGUUAGACACCCUCUACGUCACUACCAUGAGACUGGGGCUCAGUGACAGUCAGCUGGUGGACGAGCCUCACGCUGGGGCAGUGUGGGAAGUGAGAAACCUUAAGGCCAUCGGGACAGCACAGCAUACCGCCGUGGUCACUUGCAAGUGUAAUGCAACACUACCUUCUACUUCUACACUACCAUGA